CCGGAAGUACAUUAUCAUUCUAACGUUAGAAAAAAAAACAUCAACGGGGUUUUCACCAGACGGUUAGUCCAGGACCAAAGACAUCGUCGUCUCGCAGCUCCAACUUCACCCCUUUGCUCCACUUCCGGUCUCCCUUACCUAAUUUCCGGAAGCGGGAACUCUCAAGAAACGACUGGGAAUUGGACUGGCCUCAAAUGCCCAAAUGGACCGGAAUGAUUUUCAGAAUAUGUCUUCACAAGAAAUGAUUCAGCCAGUUCAAAAGCAAAGUACUCAAAAAAAAGUUUCAAUUUUGGCUGCCCUAGAUGACAGUUUAAGUGGCAUGUCAACAAAAGGAUUAGCAAUUCCCAGGACUCCAGGGCUGUUUUCUCAAUCUGAAAAAAAAUCAAAAACAUUUUUUCCAGUUACUCCACGGACCCGAAGUACCACAAAGCAGUCAAAUAUAUCUACCAACCUAGGCACAGAGAGGAAAUCACCUUACUUUGUGACGAUUCCUGGGCACCUUGGUAAUUUGUCUGUGUUAGAUGACAGUGACUGGACAGCUGCACUUACACCUCCACAUUCAGUCAUGUUCACAAACUUAGAUUAUAGUGCAGCAGAAGAUGUCACAAAGAGUGCUGUCCUCUUGAAUGAGGAUGACCCAGGGGAAGCUGCUGCGUGGAGCAUGUAUCCUGACUUUCUCCAUUCCCUGUUAAAGCACAGUUCAAAUACUGUUUUUGAACUUAUAGAUGAGUAUGAAGAUACUUGCAGUAAUCAGCUAAACAUUCUUCAAAAAAUCGUGUAUCGAGCAACUCCUGGACAACAGAAAUUUUCCAAAACUGCUAGUAUUUUGUGGCUUUUAAAGCAAGAAAUGGUAACAUGGAGACUCUUGUCAUCAAUUUACAGAGACAGAAUACAGUCUGCUAUGGAAGAUGAAACUAUGUUUGAUCUUGCACUUAUAAAUGCCAGUGAAAAGACUAUUGUGAACAAUCUAUUCCAGAGAGACUCAUUGGUGCGACAAAGCCAGUUGGUGGUAGACUGGUUAGAGAGCAUUGCAAAGGAUGAAAUUGGAGACUUUUCUGAGAAUAUUGAAUUUUAUGCAAAGUCUGUAUACUGGGAGAAUACAUUACACAUUUUGAAACAAUGGCAGUUAAACACAUUCACUGGGAGUUUACGUCCAUUAGUGACUGAAGUAGACCCAGAUGCUCCAGUAAGGCAGAAAAUGCCACUUGAUGAUUUAGAUCGUGAAGAUGAUGCACGAUUGCUCAAGUUCCUUUUUACUCUCAUUAGAGCAGGAAUGACAGAUGAGGCCCAAAGACUCUGCAAAAGGUGUGGCCAGGCCUGGAGAGCUGCAACACUUGAAGGAUGGAAACUGUACCAUGAUCCUAACAUGAGUGGAGGACAAGAGCUAGAGCCAGUAGAAGGAAACCCAUACAGAUGCAUUUGGAAAAUCAGUUGCUGGCGACUUGCAGAAAAGGAGCAGUUUGACAAGUAUGAGAGAGCAAUCUAUGCGGCACUUAGUGGGAAUCUCAAACAGCUUCUUCCAGUAUGUGAUACCUGGGAAGAUGCUGUUUGGGCAUACUUCAGAGUCAUGGUAGACACACUUGUUGAACAGGAAAUUCGUUCAUCUGUGAUGAACACAGAGGAGAAGGAAGAACUCCCCAGAGAAUAUUUGGAAACAAACUGGACAUUAGAAAAAGUAUUUGAAGAACUUCAAGCAACAGACAAAAAGAGAGUUUUGGAAGAGAAUCAAGAGCAUUAUCAUAUGAUUCAAAAGUUUGUUAUCCUAGGAGAUGUGGAUGGUCUUAUGGGUGAAUUUUACAAAUGGCUUUCCAAAGGCAGAAAUACGCUCCCUGGGCAUCUGCUUCGAUUCAUGACUCAUCUCAUUUUAUUUUUCCGUACUUUGGGGCUUCAAACCAAAGAGGAAGUAUCAAUUGAUGUUUUAAAGGCCUACAUUCAGUGGUUAAUACGUGGGAAGCACACUGAUCUCAUAGCAUUUUACAUCAGCCACCUGCCUCAAGAUGUAGCUGUUGCUCAGUAUGCUGCAUUCUUGGAAGAUGUCAUAGACACUGAACAACGGCACCACUGUCUGGAGCUUGCCAAGGAAGCAGGUUUGGACAUUGCAACUAUAACAAAAACAGUGGUUGAAAAUAUUUGCAAAAAAGAUACUAGUGAGUUCUUCCACCAUGAUCUUGCAAUUGAGACAGGCACAACAGAGGAUGAUCGCUUGAAGAUUGAUGUGAUUGACUGGCUAAUAUUUGAUCCUGCUCAGAGAGCUGAAGCACUUAAGCAAAGCAAUGCUAUAAUGAGGAAAUUCUUGGCGUCUAAGAAGCAUGAAGCAGCCACAGAAGUAUUUAUAAAGAUUCCACAAGACUCUAUAGCUGAAAUAUACAAUCAAUGGGAAGAACAAGGAAUGGAGAGUCCACUUCCAGCUGAAGAUGACAAUGCUAUUAGAGAGCAUUUAUGUAUUAGAGCAUACCUGGAAGCCCAUGAAGCUUUUAAUGAGUGGUUUAAACACAUGAAUUCAGUUCCACAGAAGCCAAGCCAGCUUCCACAAGCAAGUUUCACAGAAAAAGUUGCCCAUGAACUUAAAGAGAAGAAAUAUGAGGUAGAUUAUGGCAUCUGGAAAGGUCUUUUAGAUGCUCUUACAGCUGAUGUAAAAGAAAAAAUGUAUAAUGUCUUAUUGUUUAUCGAUGGAGGAUGGAUGGUUGAUGUCAGAGAGGAUGCUGAAGAUGAUCCUGAGCGUUGUCAUCAGAUGAUCAUGCUACGAAAACUCUGCUUGCCAGUGUUGUGCUUCCUCCUUCAUACAGUCUUGUACAGCACUGGACAGUAUCAGGAAGACUUAAGACUUGCUGACUUGAUUGCUUCCGAUAGGCACAAACUCUAUAUGAUAUUUUCCAAAGAGGAACUCCAGAAGCUCUUACAGAAGUUGAGAGAGUCUUCCCUCAUGCUUUUGGAUCAAGGUCUUGAUCCCCUUGGAUAUGAAAUUCAGUCUUAAUUACAUUGUUCUAGGUAAUUCAAAUAAAAUUAGUGAUACAAAUGAAUAUAAGGUUUGGAUCCCAGAUUCUUGGCCUCCAUGAAAUAGAGAAUAUUUGGAUUCAACCUCCAUUGUUUUAUAUGGAAAUAUUUAAAUAUUUUAUUGGCAUUGGCGCACAGCAGUUUGGAUUUUUUUUAUAUGUAAAAUAAAGAAUUGCAUGGAUAAUACUUUGUAUUUUUCUCAAUAAAAUUGUAAACAAUUUAAUUUGUAAUAAGGUUUAUAUUGCUUAAAUGUAGGAAGUAGUUUGCAUCAGUAAACCUGCCAGAUUGUAAAGUGGCCAAUAGGUGUAACAAGGAAGUAUUAUAGGUAAUCCUCAACUUAGAACUUGUUGUUUAAUGACCAAGGUUAACAACAGCAUCAAAAAAGUACUGUACGGCCUAUGAAAUAUUUCUGGUCUUUCUAAAACAUCAUACCAGAGAGGGCCCUCUGCAGUCAUAUGACGACAUUUUGGGCAUUCGGCAAACAUUUAUGACUAAUUGCCUGCAGCCCCACAAAGGAUAUCCUUUUGGCUGCAGGAGCAGAGUUGAAUCCUGAAGAUUUCCAACAGUCCCCUAAAGGAUUUUCCCUCUGUGUGUGGUUGGUAGGGGAAUCCCUUCAGCAGCCUUUUUCUGGAAUGGAGCUGAAUCUUCAACAGGCAGCUUUUUCACCCUAUCUGCUUAACAACUCAGGGAACUGCUUAACAAGUACAUAGCAGGUUUGCAGUCAUUGACAAAGCAUGUUUGGUCGCUACAAUACAAAAAGGACACUGAGGAAUUGGAAAGAGUACAGACAAGAGCAACAAAUGGCUUGAAGGCUAAAUCCUAUGAAGAACAAUUAAAAGAACUGAAUAUAUUUAGCUUAAAGAAUAGUAGACCAAGGGGAGACAUGAUAGCCAUCUUCCAAUAUUUUAUGUGUUGUCUCAGGGAAGAAUGUGUACAUUUGUUCUCCAUCUGCCCAAGAAUACGAUAAGAACUGAUAUCCUUGAUACCUUUCUUGCCAUUCUUUGAUCGAUACACCCAAUUGGCUGGUGACAAGGUCUGAUGGGUGAGUGGCAAUUGGCUAGUUUGGAACCAAGGCCAAAAUCUGAAAUCCCUUAACAAAGGAUUGAGUAACAAAGGUCAGAGGAGCCACUCAGAUGCCUGCUGGAGAUGUAGGGUUUCCCAAAGUGCAUCUACUGAUAGUGGGUGAACCCCCUUCCUCCCUGGAGGGAGGUGGCUCUUGGGAAUAGACUGCAGUAUAGAGAACUGGUGCACUUUCCUCCCUGAUCUGAGGCUCCCUUUGUUUCCCCCUCUCUCUCUCCAGCAAGUGACUCCUCCAUGCAUCAGAGGAGGCUUCAUAAGAGCUCUGCUGAGGAUUAUGAGGGAAGGGAAACCAGCUUAUAUAUGUAGUCUUGGAGUUACAACCACAAUUGAGGCCAACAUUUCUGUUGCUAAGCAAGAUAUUGAUUUUGCUUGUCAGAAGGUCACAAAAAGUGAUCACAUGAACCGGGACACUGCAUCUUUCAUAAAUGAGUCAAUUAUCAAACAUCUGAAUUUUGAUCAUGUGAUCACAGGGAUGCUGUAACAGUCGUAUGUGAAAAACGGUCAUAAAUCACUUUUUUCAGUGCGCUGUAACUUCAAAAGGUCUCUACAUGAACUUUGUAAGUUACAUUCUUUCUGUAUAGAAAGAAUGUCCCCCUAGCAGCUUUCCAGAAAUCAGUUGGGAAGAAAGCAGGAGGUACGAACUCUUCUGAAGUCAGGACAGCACCCUAUGCCUCAGCAAUUUAAUUUAGCAAAGUUUUGGCUGUGUCCCAUUACUCCCUUGGGAUUGAAAUUUGACAAACUCAUUCAUUCUCUGCCAACUUCCCAAAGGAAAGUCACGGGAAGUCUGAAGUCACUCCUGCUUUUUUACUUGCCUGUUGUGGCCCAGCAGGAGCCAUUGGAGCUGCCACCAGACUCCGACAGCGAGGGGUCCUAUGA